AUUUUUUGACGUCAUCAAGCGGCACAAAGUAAAGUAACCCGAAACCCCCAAUACACAGCGACAAAACGACAAUAACACGAUAUUAUCAAUUAAAACGUGCAUCAAAUUGCAACAAGCACGCGCCACUUGCCCACUCGCUGUCCCCUCUGCGCCACCUGCUCAGCAUAACAAGAUGUCAACACGUCGCCAGGUCAUCACGCUGUACCGAAAUUUGUUGCGGGAAUCGGAAGCUGCCCGCUUACAACUUUCGGUUCGUUUGUGAUGAAAUUGAACUCCGAACAUUGUCAUAUUGACACUUCGCGACACAUCCCGUGCCAACAAGGCCAUUCGAGACUUUGCUGAAAUUGAUCGUCAAAUGGAGGCGGGCAAACAGCAUCUGGAGCUAAUACGGCGGCAGCGACAAAACGACAAUAACACGAUAUUAUCAAUUAAAACGUGCAUCAAAUUGCAACAAGCACGUGCCACUUGCCCACUCACUGUCCCCUCUGCGCCACCUGCUCAGCAUAACAAGAUGUCAACACGUCGCCAGGCCAUCACGCUGUACCGGAAUUUGUUGCGGGAAUCGGAAAAGCUGCCCGCUUACAACUUUCGAAUGUACGCUGCUCGCAAGAUACGCGACACAUUCCGCGCCAACAAGGCCAUUCGAGACUUUGCUGAAAUCGAUCGUCAAAUGGAGGCGGGCAAACAGAAUCUGGAGCUGAUACGGCGGCAGGUCAUCAUCGGCCACCUAUACACGGCGGACAAGCUGGUGAUCGAGAACAAGAAGACACUCAGCCCCCUGGAUGAUUGAGGAUGCCGGAUGCCGCAUUGCUGCUUGUACAAAAGCCCUGCCCUGCUCGCAGAUAAAUAAUAUGUAUAUUUACAACUCGAAAGACUCGUUACACACAAUUCUAGUUGGAUAAAGCUUUUUGCCCAUUGUUGAUCUUAUGGAAGUCAAGUUACAUAUAUAGGCCUUAUUUUUGAACCACCAGUGAAGUGAAGGAAUCGCUAUCGUUUGCUAGCAA